AAUAAAUCUAAUACAUAUUUCUGUUAGCACAAUCUAAUACCAUUAUUUGACUGAACAACCUCAAUCCCAAAGAAAUACCGAAGAAGGUCUAAAUCUUUGGUAUAAAAUUAUCUCCCCAAAUGGAUCUUGAAGUGGACAAUACCAUUUGAGUCAUUAGCACUAAUGAUAAUGUCAUCAAACAUACACAAUAAUGAUAAUAAUGUCCUUGUGCCAUUACCUAAAUUGAUGAAUUAUUAUACAAAAAUGAUGCGCAAACUAUUCGGGUUUUAACUGCAUGGAAAUUUUCCACUAUUUAUGAAUCUAUGCAGGGCCAUUAGUUUUGCCGUUCUAUUGCACAACCGCAAUCCACAUUGGUUUAAGUAUUCCACUUCUGGAUUUGCCUUGGACCAGUUUUCCCUUUACAGUCAUUGCUAAUAAUCUAAUCACCUUAUCCAAAUCUCUCAUUUCAUCGGAUUCAUCAUUAACUUGAUCUAAUCUUGUAUAACUUGUUAAACCAACUCUAUACUGGAUAACAGGGCGGAAUAUAACCCAGAUCAAUAUUUAUGGGAAAAAGCUUUUACGCUUGCAGGAAAAAAGUACAAAAGACAAGACUUAGAGCUUAGGAAUGGAAGGGGCCAUACGUUGCAGUGCAGUCAUUAUGUUCCUUCCCCUUUCCCAGAUGAUACUCCUCUUCCUUGUGUCAUAUACUGCCAUGGAAACAGUGGAUGUAGAGCAGACGCAAAUGAGGCUGCUGUAAUUCUUCUUCCGUCAAAUAUAACGGUGUUUACUCUUGAUUUUUCGGGUUCGGGCUUAUCUGAUGGUGAUUACGUCAGCCUUGGUUGGCAUGAGGUAUGUUUUGCUCUUUCUCCUUUAUUGAGUUGUGGUUUCUCUGAAUUGUGCGAAAUUCUUUCCAUUUGUAUGCCAGAAAGAUGACCUCGAGGUUGUGGUGUCUUAUUUGAGAAGCAAUGAACAAAUAUCAUGCAUAGGUCUUUGGGGACGGUCUAUGGGUGCAGUAACUAGCCUUCUCUAUGGAGCUGAAGACCCUUCUAUAGCUGGAAUGGUGUUAGAUAGUGCCUUCUCAAACUUAUUUGAUCUAAUGAUGGAGCUUGUGGACGUGUACAAAAUCCGGCUUCCUAAAUUUACAGUUAAGGUGGCUGUUCAAUACAUGCGACGAGUAAUUCAGAAGAAGGCAAAGUUUGACAUUAUGGACCUUAAUUGCAUUCAGGUUGCACCAAAAACGUUUAUUCCCGCCUUAUUUGGCCAUGCUAAGGAUGACAAGUUUAUUCAACCCCACCACUCUGACCUCAUCUCAAAAUCCUAUGCGGGGGAUAAGAAUAUCAUUAAAUUUGACGGUGAUCACAAUUCCUCUCGGCCACAGUUUUUUUAUGAUUCAGUAUCCAUUUUCUUCUACAAUGUCCUUCACCCUCCUCAAAUUCCUUCUGCAUAUUCAACCAACCUACAGAAAUAUUAUGAUUUGGGGGACCUGAAGGCCAGUGCUGGUAUGGAUGAGAGUCUAUUAUAUGAGAUAAUAUCUGGUCUUCAAACUGUGGGUACUGAUACUGCUAGCUCUUCAUCUGCCCCACCUAGCAUUUCAGCCACGAAUUCUGUUGGCAAAUUUCUUUCUGAGAUUACACCAGUUGCUGGCGUGAUUGAUUCCAUGGUCAAUGAAGACCGUACACUGAAUGAUGAUGACCCAUCACAAUUGCAGGACAAGCCAAGUGGUCAAAAUGAGGAAUGUUGCUCGUAUGCAAGCUCAAAUAGAGAGAGUUGGGGAAGAUGCUCGUCUUUGGGCAGUGAUGACGAACCUUCCACGAAUUGCAGCACCGCUUACGACAACAAUCAGGUGUUGGUUGUACCACCUCUCGUGAAGUUUGGGAGUGCCUUCAACAAAAUUUCUCCCAAGUCUCUUGUUAAUGCUAUUCAUCUCCAGUUUGAACUCUUCUCUAUCUCCAAGACUCUAAAGGUGCUAGCAACACCUCUUCGAAAGAUUCAGCAUUCUUCAUCACAAUCAAAAGAGAACAAGAAGAAGCAGAAAGUUUCAACAGUUGCAAAGAAACCCAAAGCCGAUAAAUUUGAAAAGCUAGAGGCCCUUAGCCAGCGUCUUCGUCUUUGCAUUUUGAAGCGAGUUAGUCAUAGGAGACAUCGCUCUUCAUGA